AUGGCGCCCGCCGUGGAGCGCCAGAACUUGGCAUCUGGCAACGCCAACCCCAUCAUUAUCAUCAACGACCUCACCAUUGUAAACACGGAGGGCGACAAGCACUUCGUAUUCCAUGCAAACUUGCAUAAAGAGCAUGAUCACACUCUCUGCCACUACCUGGGCCUCCGAAAUCGUGCCGCUCUUCGCCGUCUCCGCGUCAGCUCGCCAGUCUUAUUCUACGUGGACUAUUUCCACUUCCUUACAGACGCGAGUUCGAACUAUCUGCAAGAGUCCGCUGUCACCGAUGUCUUCCGCCUCUUUCUCGCCCUGGGACCCGAGGAAUUCGGCAAGCUUCCUCAUUCCGAGCACGACAUGGCCCGUGCAUAUCUCCGUCAAGACGGCACCCUCGACGGGAACGCUACCUUUGAGACCAAGGUUCACCAUCUGGCCUCGUUCCUAGUCAUGGUAGUCCAUGACAUGACGCAACUGUCGGGCAGCGAUGACGCUAUCAAGUCUUGCCUCGCCGCCUUCAAUGGCUACCCUAGAGCAUUUGAGGACUCCGCUGCGGCGCCGGCCACUGUGGCCCCCUUUGUUCUCCCGGAGGUGUCAUGGCAUAAGGCCAUGGCGCCAAAGCUCAUCCCAUGCCAUAAUAAGCGUGAGCACGCGUUUGAAGGCUAUCAACGCGCUUACGUGUUGGUGCGCCAUGCUGCGUAUCAUCUUCGCCCAACGGGUUACAAACUCGGAAUUGGCCGUCCGUUGUUUCGAAAGAACGAAAAGAAAGGCGCCACAAAAGACGACGAUAAUAACGACAAGAUCCAGCAAGAAGAGGUUGAGAACGGCAACACUGAAUUCGGGUUCAAUCUUGAUAAGGAGGCUAUCAGACGCCGCCUUACCAGAACUAUCAUGCAGGAUAGACACCUGUUACCAGAAGUCCUCAAUUGCUUCAUGAAGCCGACGUUCAUGAUGACCGUUACUGAGUGCAAGAAUCUAGGUCUCACUCAACCAUCGACACCGGGUCUCCCUAACGAGUGGGACGACUGUCGAGGACUUACUCGCUCUGAUCCCGAGAACCCCGAGGAAUAUUUGAUCGACGAGUAUUACCAUGAUGCGAAAGACGCAUCCGACGUGGAAUUUGACUUUGGCGAAGAAGAUUUCGACAUGGCCGUCAACCCCGAGGCCUUUAGUGGCGAAUCGAUCAUGGAUCCGGAGAUGUUGCAGGGCUGA